GAGACGGCGGAGCUGGGCGAGCACCCCGGGCAUCACCACCAUCACCACCACCCGCACCCCGGGCACCACGCGCCGCACCACGGCGCCGUCAACAGCCACGAGGCGCACUCGGACGAGGACACGCCGACCUCGGACGACCUGGAGCAGUUCGCCAAGCAGUUCAAGCAGCGGCGGAUUAAGCUGGGCUUCACGCAGGCCGACGUGGGGCUGGCGCUGGGCACCCUGUACGGCAACGUCUUCUCGCAGACAACCAUCUGCCGCUUCGAGGCCCUGCAGCUCAGCUUCAAGAACAUGUGCAAGCUGAAGCCUUUGUUGAACAAGUGGCUGGAGGAAGCCGACUCCUCCACCGGCAGCCCCACCAGCAUCGACAAGAUCGCGGCGCAGGGCAGGAAGAGGAAGAAGCGGACCUCCAUCGAGGUGAGUGUCAAGGGGGCCUUGGAGAGCCACUUUCUGAAAUGCCCCAAGCCCUCUGCCCAGGAGAUUAUGAACCUAGCGGACAGCCUGCAGCUGGAGAAGGAGGUGGUCAGGGUUUGGUUUUGCAAUCGGAGGCAGAAAGAGAAACGCAUGACCCCGCCGGGGAUCCAGCAGCAGACCCCCGACGAUGUCUACUCGCAGGUC